AUGUCGGCGUUCAGAUUACUUUCAAUUUCGCGCAAGAGGAGGGUACGCCUUGAAGCUGAAGCUACUCAUGCAGCUGUACUGGCGAUGACACGACGUGUGGUUGCUCCUAGAUGGGAUGGUUGUGUCCCCAUGCACCGUGUAAUUCGGAGAGACAGGGAUGGUGCCUGGGCGGAGCUUGUGAGGCGUUACUUCGCGCCGGAGCCUUUGUUCGAUGACGCCACAUUCAGCCGCCGUUUUAGGAUGAAAAUAAGCUUGUUCGACAUGAUCUUUGAGAGACUUGCUGAGAAGAGUGAGUAUUUUCAUCAGAAAGCCGAUGGUUUAGGACGUAUGGGAUUCCAUGGAAAGCAUAAGUGCGUUGUGGCCAUGCGGAUGCUUGCGUAUGGAAGUAUAGCCGACGCACUUGAUGAUGGUUAUGCCAUGGCCGAGAGCACCGUUUUGGAGUGCGUCAAGGAGUUUGCAAGCACUGUUAUUUCCGUGUUUGAGGAAGACUAUUUGCGACCACCUAAUCAGGCCGAGUUGAAUAGGAUUUUAAUGGAGAAUGAAGCUAGAGGUUUUCCCGGGAUGAUCGGAAGUAUCGAUUGCAUGCAUUGGGAGUGGGGAGCUUGUCCGGUUGGUUGGCAGGGUCAGUUCACUGGACGGAAGGGGCGACCGACUGUUGUUCUUGAAGCUGUUGCAACUAAAGAUCUCAGAAUUUGGCAUGCAUUCUUUGGAAUGCCAGGCUCAUGCAACGACCUCAAUAUUUUGGACCGUUCAACUGUGUUUGAUGACCUUGCCAAUGGAAGAACUCCUCAAGUUGAAUUCUUUGUCAAUGGCAACAGGUAUGACAUGGCAUACUACCUAGCUGACAAGAUAUAUCUUAAGUGGGCGACGCUGGUGAAAACAAAGAGUGAGCCUGUGAAUCCAAAAGACAGUACCUUUGCCGAUGCUCAAGAAUCUGCCAGAAAGGAUGUUGAGCGUUGUUUCGGUGUCCUUCGGUCUAGGUUUCGUAUCAUACAGCAAGCUGGUAGAUUGUGGAGACCGCAUGACAUGAACACAAUUAUGCGGGCUUGUAUCAUUCUUCACAAUAUGAUCAUCUAG